AUGCGCGGCGGCGGCGGCGGCUUGGCGGCGGCGGCGCUGCGGCUCUUGCUGCUGGUGCCGCUGCAGCUGCGGAGCGCGGCGGCGGCGGCGAGUGCGGCUCAACCCGCAGCCGGGAGCCAAACGCUUCUCCUGUCUUCUUUGGACGCCGAGCUGCUGCAGUUGGGAGGCGGCGGCGAGUAUGACAUUGUGACAGCCUACGAAGUAGACCAGAAUGGGCAUUACAUCAGUCCUGCAGUUGCACACCAUGAAAGGAGGAAGAGGUCCUUAUCUGCAGGAGGAAGCGACUUGCUCCACCUGCGGCUCCAGGGAUUUGGCCACGACUUCCAGCUCGACCUUAAGACUUCGGAUUUCCUUGUGGCACCGGGAUUUACAAUACAGACACUGGGCAAAGGGAGAACCAAGUCGAUACAGACCUACCCUGCAGAAGAUUUUUGCUUUUAUCAAGGUGUCUUGCGAUUGCACAAAAACUCAUCCGUAGCACUUUCAACAUGUGGAGGCAUGUCAGGUUUGAUAAGGACACAGGAAGCAGAUUACUUCCUGAAACCACUACCUCCAAAUCUUGCACUGAAACACGGCUUCUCUGCUCCUGCCAGUGGCCACUCUCAUGUACUGUAUAAGAGAUCUACUGAACCUGAGCUGUCGAUUGGGAACGAGGUCCUGGUGAAUGAGAGGCAAAGGGAAGCGGCUGCUCCGAGUGUUUCCCGUGAACCCCAGCACCACCCGCAUUCCAAGCACCAACGCAAACUGCACUUUUGUGGAAGGCGCAAGAAAUAUAUGCCCCAGCCUCCAGGUGGAGAUACCUACAUCUUGCUGGAUGAAUAUAAUUACCUGCUGAGAAACAAGCGCUCUCUUCUGAAAGGCUACAAAAACAAAGAACUGAAUGUGGAGACUUUAGUGGUGGUUGACAGGAAGAUGCUGCAAAACCACGGGCGCGACAACAUCACCACUUAUGUCCUGACUAUACUUAAUAUGGUUUCUGCUUUGUUCCGAGAUGGAACCAUUGGAGGGAACAUUAACAUUGCUGUCGUUGGGUUGAUCCUUUUGGAAGAAGACCAGCCAGGACUGACAAUAAGUCAUCACGCAGACCAUACCUUGAGCAGUUUUUGCCAAUGGCAGACUGGACUGAUGGGGAAAGAUGGCAGCCGCCAUGAUCAUGCCAUUUUGCUUACUGGCCUGGACAUCUGCUCCUGGAAGAAUGAGCCAUGUGAUACCCUAGGAUUUGCUCCAAUCAGUGGGAUGUGCAGUAAAUAUCGCAGCUGCACUAUUAAUGAAGACAGUGGCCUGGGGCUGGCAUUCACUGUUGCUCAUGAGUCUGGACACAACUUUGGCAUGGUCCACGAUGGAGAAGGGAAUAUUUGUAAAAAGUCUGAAGGUAACAUCAUGUCCCCCACUCUGGCAGGGCACAACGGGGUCUUCUCAUGGUCAGCUUGCAGUCGUCAGUAUCUCUACAAAUUCCUAAGUUCCACCCAGUCCUUGUGUCUCACUGAUCAGCCAAGAUCCGUACAGGAGUACAAGUACCCCGAGAAGCUUCCUGGAGAGCUGUAUGAUGCAGCCACACAGUGCAAGUGGCAGUUUGGAGAGAAGGCCAAGCUGUGCAUGAUGGACUUCAAAAAGGAUAUUUGCAAAGCAUUGUGGUGCCAUCGGGUUGGAAGGAAAUGUGAAACCAAAUUUAUGCCUGCUGCAGAAGGUACCAUGUGUGGUUAUGACAUGUGGUGUCGUGGAGGCCAAUGUGUGAAAUAUGGUGAUGAAGGACCCAAACCAACCCAUGGACAUUGGUCAGAGUGGUCCAGGUGGUCAUCUUGUUCCAGAACCUGUGGAGGAGGCAUAUCUCACCGACAGCGAAACUGCACCAACCCAAGGCCCUCUCACGGAGGAAAGUUCUGCGAAGGUUCCCCGCAGAUGUUAAAACUCUGUAACAAUCAGAAGUGCCCGAAAAACAGCAUCGGCUUCAGAGCAGCCCAGUGUGCAGAAUUCAACAACAGGCUCUUUAGAGGGUGGAACUACAAAUGGAAACCUUACACACAAGUGGAAGAUCAAGACUUAUGCAAGCUCUAUUGUAUUGCAGAGGGCUUUGACUUCUUCUUUUCUCUGUCAAACAAAGUCAAAGAUGGGACUCCGUGUGCCGAAGAUAGCCACAACGUUUGUAUAGAUGGGAUUUGUGAGAUGGUCGGCUGUGAUUAUGUCUUAGGCUCCAGCGCAGUAGAAGAUGCUUGCGGAGUGUGCAGAGGAGAUAAUUCGAGCUGCAGAAUCUAUACAGGGCAGCACACUAAGUACCACUCCAUCAAUCAGUACUAUGCGCUGGUCACCAUUCCUGCUGGAGCACGAAGCAUUCAUGUUUAUGAAAUGAACCUCUCCAACUCCUACAUUGCUGUUCGCAGUUCCAGUAAAAAAUACCACCUCAAUGGCUACUGGACAGUGGACUGGCCAGGGAGAUACAAGUUUGCUGGAACUGUGUUUGACUACCGGAGGUCACACAAUCACCUGGAGGCGUUAAGUGCACCUGGACCCACAAAUGAAAGUGUGAUCAUAGAGCUUCUCUCUCAAGGCAAAAACCCAGGAAUCGCUUGGGAAUAUUCCCUUCCUAAGGCAGAAAAUGAAAAGAUCACCACACUGAAGCAUAACUAUACAUGGGCUGUCACUCAUUCCAAAUGCUCAGUCUCGUGUGGAGGAGGUCAAAUGGUUGCCAAAGAAAGCUGCUAUAAAGACCAGAGGGUGCAAGUGGAUACUUCUCUUUGCGAUUCCAAGAGUCGGACAGCUACUAGAAUUGUUCCUUGCAAAAUGCCAGCUUGCCCUCCCAGUUGGUCUGUUGGCAACUGGAGUGAGUGCAGUUUGACCUGUGGAGGAGGAGAGCGAUAUCGGUCUGUUCGCUGUACACAGAGAAUUCAGUACAAGCCGGAGUGGGUGUCACACUCUCUUUGCCGUUCCCCUGCCCCGGUCACCAGGGAGCUUUGCAACACCCAAAAUUGUCCACCUACCUGGAGCAUUGGGCCCUGGUCUGAGUGCUCUCGAACAUGUGGGAAAGGAUGGAGAAAAAGAGUAGUCUUAUGCAAAAGCUCCAGUUCCUCUUUCUGGCCUCAAAUUUUGCCUGAUUUGGCCUGUGUAGUAGAACCAAAACCAAAAAUGCAAGAAAUCUGCCUCCUGAAGCGAUGCCACAAACCCAAGAAGCUGCACUGGUUUGUGUCUGCAUGGUCUGAGUGUUCUGUCACGUGUGGAAAGGGAGUACAGAGAAGAACACUGAACUGUGCAGAGAAAUCUGUUUCCGGAAAGUACAGAGAAGUGGCUCCUAAAAAGUGCUCCCACCUACAGAAGCCCAGCAUGGACUGGGAAAAGACCUGCAUCUUAAACCUGUGCCCUGGGCUCCCUAUGUAUUCGCCCAGAAGCCAGAGCAGCUGGUUUGCCUCUCCUUGGUCUCAGUGUACAGCAACUUGUGGAGGGGGCACACAAGUGCGGUCUGUUCAGUGCCUAGCCAGUGGGAGAUCGGCCAUGGGAUGCCUCCUGCAACAGAAGCCAAUUGCCUCACAAGCCUGUAACACCAACUUCUGCCCUUUUCCAGAAGCAAAAGACGCCUUCUGCAGGGAUUACUUUAAUUGGUGCCACUUGGUUCCCCAGCAUGGAGUGUGUAAUCACAGUUUCUAUGGUAAACAAUGCUGCAGGUCUUGUAUCAACUCAAAUUUGUGACCCUUGGAUCUUGGUUAUAAAAGCCUCUCUCUGAAUGCCAGCUGAGGCGCAAGUUCCAACUGGGUACUGUGCUCC